AUGCUUCUCUCGAGGUCCAUUCGUACAUUUUUAUUUUCAUUGCUCGUCUACGUACAAGCCAGUCAUCAAUACAACCUGGGGGCGAAGGCCGAGGUUCAGUUAGAUCAUGGCAUGUCAAUCAUCACCUAUUUUUCACAGCAAACAGCAGAUGACGUGGCAUACGAGAUAUGGUUUAACAAUCCAACAAACUUUCCUUACUGGGAGAAUUCACUCUGCUUGGCUGUUAUUGCUGGUACACCAGCUCUGAAUGACCCAAGCACUGAGCGCUGCUCUUUCCUUCCUGUCUUUGAUGAAGCCGGUAACAAGAAUCCCUAUGAGACAUCAGGUGAAGACUGCAUCCAGGAGCAAAUCACUAUCAAUCCGUGCAGAGACAAGAUUCAGCUGAACAGAAAGGCUGAUUGUGGUGGCAAACUCAAUCUUUUACCUCAAUAUUAUUUUCUGGAUGACACGCGUUACACUGGUUUGACAAUGCUAACAACAAAAAAGUACCGCAAGACUUGGCUGAAUCCAGAUCAUAACGACUCCAUCUAUCGACAAUCCGUGCUUGUAUCUUACACGGACAGAAACAAUUCUAUGGCCGAAUGGGGGCAAUUGUUGAAAUGUCAAGACAUCAAUCUAGGAUAUGGUCCAUUGAACGACUUUACGUUCUACCCUAUCAAAAGCGAUCAUACCUAUGAUACUAGCAAAUUCUUAUCUAAAGCUGUUCUGGUGCAAAUUAACAUGUCUGUCAUAGUCAGCGCAGUUGUGUUUACAUUGAUAAAGUGUUUUACUAAUUAA